GCCCUGCUGUGCGUACCAGACUCCGUCCUGGUGCAGCACGCAUCCCCGGAUCUCCACUUCAGGCUCCGUCCCACGGCCUGCUGCCUCCUGGAAGCCGUGGCACAUGGAAUGGACUGCGCGACCCAGCCCGACGAGAAGUCGGACCACUUCCUUCUCCGGCGUUUGGAGGAGGUGAUGGCCGAGCUGGCACCCUGCUUGAAG